CAGCGGUUCAGUGACCGAUGGCGUUCCUUGUUUAGGGUUUUGGAGACGCACCAAGCGAUGGUGGACUUAAGGCUUGUAGGGGUUAUCUGAGAUGUUCUCUUCCUCUGCUCCCCUUUCGCCUCCUCUCGAUGGCUUCAGUUGCGCUCCCCGCCUUCAGUUCUCUCGCCACGGGGUCCUCUCCUCGUCUCGGCGCUCCUCCCUUUUCCGCUAAAUCCAGGUCUUGUCUUCAUCUUUCGAGACCUAAUCAUGGUAAGGAUUUCACCUUUGUUGGCGCUUCCUCUCCGAAACCUUUCCUUUCUCGGGCACGAAUAGGGUUUUCUUCUAGAAUCGAGCGGCGAUUUCUCGCGUUUGCUCCCCGAAUCGGGGGCAGUGGGAACUCGGAAACUUCGCGGGUCGAUGAGGAAGAUGAGAUGAGGGGGCAGAGCACGAUGCCGGAGAGGUUUCGCCACCUUACAAAGGAAGCCCCCGAUCGCCCAGUGAGGUGGCCAUGGGUUGUUGCACUUCUUUUUCUUGUUUAUGCCUGGCGGACUGUAUUAUGGGAACUCACAAAUUGGAAAAGGACAAUGUUGGCGGUCAUGCAUUUCCUUGGUUAUUUAGGCAAACUGAUCCUAGCUGUUGUUUUCCACUAUGUUGGUGAUUUAAUCACUGUGCUUAUAAGAUGCAUUGAGUUCUGCCUCAAUUCUGCAAGAUAUGCUUAUGCCAGUGUUGUGGCAUUUGCUCCUGUACCAGAGCUGAUGAGGGUAAUCUUGUUUGCUACAGCUGUAUUAGCCAUUGCUGAAGCCACAGUUCCAGACUCUGUAAACAGCCAAUCACAUCUGCUUACAUUAGCAGGGUUUAUUGGGUUUGGGGUGGUCAAGGACUUUGUUCCUGAGCUGCUCUUCUGGUUGUUCCUGUUUGGGUUGUCUUGUUACUCACGGUUUAUUAGGAAAAAAGAUUAUAUAUCAGCGUUACUGCCAUCUGCUGCUGUCUUAGCAGCUGUUGGUGAGCCAUGGGUCAGAGGCCUAGUCAUGGGUUCAUACUUGGCUGUUGCUAUUUUUCAGCAUUCUAAGACAUCAGAGGAACUCCCGAGUAGAAAAUUUCCUGCUACUGGUAGAAGACUUCCAGAGCCUCUCCUGCUUGCGGCCAUGGCUAUUGGAGUUCAUCUUGCUGCCAAAUGGAUCCGAUAUCGACACUUGACAUGGAUGAUAGCUUGAUUGUGUGUAUUGGACAUUGAUUUUUGGAGCUUUGUAAGAUUACAAUAUUCCUGAAAUUAAAAUUGAUGUUAUCUAA